CCUCAACCAUCUUAAGUACGUUGGAGUUGACUUUAUUACCUGUUGAUUCCUCUCAUAUGAAAUAUUUCACCCUGGUUAAGCACCAUUUCAUGCUUUUUUCUUGCAGGUUUCUUUGCAAUGACUGAGCGCAAAAUGCAUGAUAACAGGUUCCAACGGAAAUGGGUAAUGUGCCCAACAUGUCGGCAGCAUACUGAUUUUGGGAAUAUUGCGUAUGCCGAUGAUAGACAGGACAAAUCUUGUAGUUCUUCCAUGCUGGAUGCAAUUCAAGGCUGUGAAAAAACUGAAGUGUCUUUGGCUGUUCAAGGUUCAUAUGGAACAAAGGUUGAAGCAGUCACUAGAAGAAUCUUGUGGAUAAAGUCUUCAGAUCCUAAAGCAAAGGUUCUGGUAUUUUCAAGUUGGAAUGAUGUCCUUGAUGUGUUAGAGCAUGCUUUCAAUGCUAAUGAAAUCACCUAUAUCCGGAUGAAAGGAGGAAGGUAGAUAAAUCUCUUGAUCAUCUUAUGUAUGUUUUUUUAUAGUU